AUGCAGCUGUUUGUCCCUGUACUUGCAAACGAUCAUUAUUACCUCUAUGUGUUCAACAUGCUAGACGGCCGCGUGGAAGUGCUGGACAACAUGGAUACAGCUAUCAAACAUAAUAUUCCGUUUGUAGCCAAAUAUGGGGAAACCUAUAAUUUUUUGGUUGAACCUUUUGCCAGGUAUGCUAAUUCACAAAGGGCGAUAGUUGCAUAUGCUAGACUUAGAAAACUGAAAGAACCAAAGAUUAUUGAUCUUCCAUGGAGCAACAGUGAAAAUAAAACAGACUGUGCGGUAUACAUGAUGUGCCACAUGAAGACUUACAAAGCAGGAGUUGAUGGCUACAACUGUGGAAUCCCUCCAAUAGGCAGAACAACGAGACAAAAGGAUGCACAUCAAAACAAACUUGAUAAGCUUAGAAUCAAGUACCUGACAUAG